AUGUCUUCUCGCAAUAAUAAGCUGGUCGUAAUCCCCAUCACUGCUGCUAGUGAUGGGGAUGUGAGUACUUGGCCUAGCAGCCCAUACACUGAACGCGACGACCAGAACUGGCGGCAGAAGCUUGCCGAGAAUUGGGUGAAAGAUGCAGGCACUUAUCAACAAGCUGAGUUGUCUCAGAUGCUCAGAUAUAAUAAGUCCGUCAGCCAGAACCAAGUUAUCAAACUCAUGUGA